AUGUCUCACCCUGUUAGAGUCCUUGCCACACAGGUCGACCAUCUCGCAGCGCAGCACCCAGAGCUUACAUUUGCCGAGUUCCUCAGCCCUCCGCAUCUUGAAGAAGGGGAUGUGCUUAGUCUAACAUAUGCCGAUUUCAAAAACGCCAUCGAUCGUCUAGCGUGGUGGCUGAAAGACCAGAUCGCGCAGCAUGGCUUGGCCAAGUUUGACACCAUUCUCUACAUUGGCUCUCCAGACUUGCGCUAUUCCUUAAUGCUCAUCGCUGCCAUUAAAACUCAUGUAGUUAUUCUUUUCUCUGCGCCAGUCAAUGACACCACUGCGCAUCUCUCUCUUAUGCAGGCUACCAACUGCAAGGCCUACUUUUACUCUGAAGAGGCUAAAGAUUCUGGGUUGAGAGGUAGUUGCAAUGUGCCAUGCAUUGCUAUCCCAGAUACUGCAAGCUUGGUGGACACCACUCGCGUUCCUCAUUUUCCCUACGAUAAAUCCUACGAUGAAGUCGCCAAUGACCCUGUUGUCUACUACCAUACUUCAGGCACGACAGGCUUUCCAAAGCCAGUGUGCUGGACAAACACGACGCUGUGUCUCCCAUAUCUCAGCUUUGUCUACACACCCGAUUUAGAAGGGCGACCACUCCAUCCUCACUAUAUGCAAGUGCCACUUACGGAACCCCGUUGUCGAAUUUUAUUUUCGAUGAGUGCAUUCCAUUCAUCCAUGGCCUUGGGACUGCUUGCCGGUGUCUACAUGCACAAGCUUCUCGUUAUUCCACCCAUGCAUCUCCCGCUCCAUGAAUACACUCCGAAGCGAAUGACUCAAUUUCUCCAACACGCCCAAUUCCAAUCGCUGGUAACCUUUCCAGCACGGGUAGAGGGCGCCCUCCAGGACCCCGACUAUGCCAACGAGCUAAGAAAGGUCAAAUACAUCAUGUUUGGCGGAGCACCAAUAUCGCCAGAGUUUGGCACGUUGUUCAUGGGCCAGCAGGUCAAAUUACUAAACGGCUGGGGAGCCACAGAGGUCAUGUUCCCCCCAACCUUUGAAACCGACCACGAGGAUUGGGAAUACUUGUGUUUUCAUGAAGUAGCGUCAGGAUUUAAAUUUCAGCAUUUCGACACUGACAGGUACGAGCUUGUAGUAGUUCGAGACGAUUCGCUCACAAAACCGCCGCAAUCUACGUUCAAGUCAUUUCCGACGUGGACGGAGCAUCACGUCAAGGAUCUUUUCACACCUCAUCCUACCAAAAAGCACCACUGGAAAUUUGUUGGCCGGUGUGACAAUAAUAUUAUCCUCUCAGUCGGCCAGAACAUCAAUCCCGAGGCGUUUGAGGUGGCCAUUACGAAGCACCCACUCGUCAAAUCUGCCACCAUGCUUGGAACCGGACGCCCGCGACCAUGCUUAAUUUUAGAGCUUUAUAGUUACGACGGCAUGGAUGCUCAGAUUGAUACUAUAUGGCCGGUAAUAGAGGAGGCGUUCAAGGGUAGGGCCGGAUACGACGUCUUGGAGCGAUCAAACAUCAUCCUCGCCAAGCAGGACAAGCCGAUUCCUUUGAACAUCAAGGGCGGCAUAAAACGACCUGUUUUGUAUACCUUGUACAAGGAUGAGAUGGACGCAUGCUAUGCAGAAUAG